GACUUUAAUCAUUUUGGCUAGGGUGUCGUACCAAUCUACUAAAAGAGAAAACGCGUUGUAUGCCGUGAGUUGAACGGUUAGGUCAACUCAGAUUGCAGUAGCAGACAUCCGUCUAUAUAAUCAUCCCUCAAUUCGAUCAUCAAACGCUCAUCUAUAUAAAUAAAUGACGACUCACGGCAUCCAUGGCAAUCUUAUUGAAGUCACUGUUGUUAGCUGUAACAAAUUAAAAGAUACCGAAUGGAUUUCGAGGCAAGAUCCCUACGUUUGUGUAGAAUACGGUAGUACUAAAUCAAGAACUCGUACCUGUACAGAUGGAGGUAAGAACCCUACGUUUCAAGAGAAAUUUGUGUAUACACUAAUUGAAGGAUUACGGGAGUUGAUUGUUAAUGUUUGGAACAGCAAUACGCUCAAACAUGAUAGCUUCAUUGGCAGCGGAAAGGUCCAGUUGGAAAAGGCUCUUUCACAAGGAUUUGACGAUAGCUUGUGGCCAUUGCAAAGCAAAACUGGCAGGCAUGCUGGAGAGGUUCGAUUGAUUAUACAUUAUACCAAAGCCCAUAAACCAGCAACCAGUCAUGGUCCAGCAUCUCAACCGCACGGUGCACCCCAGGCCUCACUUUAUUCGCAGCCAUCGCCAUAUCCAUCAGUGUCAUAUCCACCACCUUCUGCCGCCCCAUACCCGCCACCUGGAGGCUACCCUCCACCGUCUUCCUACCCUUCAUACCCACCUAAUUCAAGUGGAUAUCCACCAGCUCCAUACCCACCUCAGGCGGCUCCUUAUGGUCAGCCCUAUCCACCUAAUUCAGCUUAUCCUCCCCAACCAUAUGGUUCCCAGUAUCCUCCCGGUCACCCGUACCCAGGACCAUAUCCUCCACCGUAUUGAUGUAGAACUCAUAUCCGUUGACCAUCCUUAAUGUGUGUGCGAGUUAUGUUUUAAAGUGUAUAUUUUGUUUUAGUUUCAAUUUCAGAAUUUGGAUGGUUAGGAAUUAGGAUAUUGUUUUCAUAAUGCACAGCAAAUGCCCAUGGAUAAAACCAAAGUACCAAAAGUGGAUGCUGGUCAUCCUUCUGUGUAAGUAUUGGUUUGCUCCUAUGCUUUAGAAGUGUUAUAUAUUUGAACUAUAUUGUAAUUUUUUUUUGUUUUUCAAAACUAAGGUAUCUGUUAUCACAAACCCAGGAUUUUAGAUGGGAAUCAGAAGUAAUUAUGGGCUCGGUGACCCCAGGAUUCUAAAAUCGUUGCUACAAAAUUGUGACCAACGGUUUUUGAAUCUUGGGCUAACGACCCUGAAGUUACUUUCGCUUUCCAUUCUAAAUAUGAAGUUUUGUAAUAAGAGAUGCCUUAACUCUGGAAAAAAAAACUACAAUAUUUCUAUGGUUCUUUUAAAAAAAUGUGAAUUUUUAUGUAUUGGUUUGAAAAAUUGUUGUGUGUAUUCUUUCAUUGGUUUUAUUGGAUAAUGUAAACUUGUAUAUUGAGUGUCAUUGUGUUCA